GGCGUAUCCAAUACAAACCUGAACUCAUUGAUAUUGGCAAAAUUAUGAUUUUAAAAUUACUUUUCGUUGCAGUUUGUUUAUUUCUCGUGUCUGUACAAAGAGUAACUGGGGAUUUGAUCCAUAAGCUGCGUGAAUAUGAUAUUGUUAGUGAUUUUGAAAUACACAGUAGAUCAGAGAGAGAUGUCACAGGAAUGUCAGUAUCAAGAAAGAGGGUAAAAUUUACUGGACUUGGCAGAAAUUUUUCUAUCAGCUUAACUCCAGUGGUGGGAUUAUUUACCAGUGAUUUUAAAGCAGUAAUUGAUGAUGGAAGUGGAAGAAGAACGCCAUUCAUGUUCAAUAAAAAUAACUUUUUUGAAGGCUUGCUAGAUGGGGACAAGAAGAGUAAAGUUCAUGCUUAUUUUGAUGAAGAGGACAAUACAAUGACAGCCUCCAUAACAUCAGAGGGAGAGGAUGUCGUGGUAGAGCCUGAGUGGAGACAUGCAAGGACCAGAAAGAAAGGAUCCAAUAUGAUUAUUUAUGCAGUCAAAGAUAUGAAAUGGCCAAACAGUGGUACAAACUCCAGUGGAUUUGAGUAUUGUGGAGCUGUGCAUGGACAAGAGCUGCACAAUCCUCAAGAAAUCAAGUUCUCUAAACACAUGGAAGAUAACGAGCAUCAUAGAAACAAGCGAGCAGCCAAUGUAAACUGUCGUCUGAUCACAGUAGCAGACUACAAAUUCUACCAGAGUAUGGGAAACAGCAAUAAGUAUACUACAGCUAAUUACAUGGCCAGUGUUAUUGACAAAGCUAAUCUGAUCUACAGAGAGACAAAUUUUGCUGGAUAUACAGGGCUGGGUUUUGAAAUUGCAGAAAUGAUUAUAAUGACUGCCCCUACAGUUGUUAGUAAUGGAAUACUGCAUUACAACAUGCAAAAUGGUCCCUGGAGAAGCAACACAAAAGGCCUCCUUGAUAGCUUCAGCAGUCAAGCAAACAAAUGGAGUGAUUUUUGUCUGGCCCAUCUUUUUACUCACCAGCCAUUUGACAACAAUGUGUUAGGACUGGCCUAUAUUGCUGGUUCCCGAUCAACAGACAUUGGUGGCCUUUGCUCUCCUACAACAUAUUUGGGUGGAGUGGAAGUAUCUUUAAACACUGGAUUCACCAGUACAAUGUAUUCAUCUGGAUCAACUGUCCUGUCACGGCAAGCAGAGCUGGUCACUGCUCAUGAACUUGGACACAAUUGGGGGAGUGAACAUGACCCCACCUCAGGGGAUUGUGCCCCAUUCUCUAUAUUUGGAGGAAAGUACCUGAUGUACCCCUUCUCAGUGUCAGGAGAUGAUGAUAACAAUGAUGAAUUUUCCAGUUGCAGUAAAAACUAUAUUGGUCGAGUUCUAAGUUCAAAGAUUGGAUGUCUCACCGAGUCCGUAGCGGUGACUUUGUGUGGUAAUGGGAGAAUAGAUCCAGGGGAGGAGUGUGAUGGGGGAUACCUGGGGAAGUUUGGUCUAGAUGACUGCUGCCUCCAGGAUUGUACACUUAACGCUGUCAAAAAUGCAGUGUGCUCUCCAUCUAACUAUGGCUGCUGCAGCUCCAGCUGUCAGGUUCAAAGUUCAGGGACUUUCUGCAAUGCUGCACAACAGUGUAAAGAAAAUGCCUUUUGUGAUGGUACCAGUUUAAGUUGCCCUACUGGUGCCAACAAACAGCCUGGAACAGUUUGCACAGGUGGAUUUUGCAAUAUUAAUGGAAAUUGUCAACCUUUCUGUGAAUAUUAUGGUCUGACAUCUUGUGUUUGUGCAGGAGAGGCCAACUCCUGCCGGCGGUGCUGUAAAUCGUCCUCUGCCUCAACAUGUGCUCCCUAUAAUAACACAGAGUACCUGGGGGACGGUUCACCUUGUUUCAAAGGAUACUGUUCUGGGGGAGUUUGUAUAGAGACAAAGCCAUCAUUAACUGAAAGAUUCUAUGCAAUACUGGACAAGAUCAGCUUUGACUAUUUAGCGGAGACCUUCAAAACCAAUAUGGUGGCCAUCAUCCAGGCUUUCUCACUGGUUUUGUUUAUUCCUAUCUGCUGUGUGGUGUUUUAUAAGGAUAGAAAGAAAACAAAGAAACAGAGAUUAGAGAUGUCUGCAAAAUGCAGAGCUGACAGGACUCUGACCUUUGAUGAGGACAGGAGACAGAUCAAGAGGAAGAAGAAAAUCCCUCCCAAGUUUAUCCCUGCCCCUCCUGAGGCUGUAAUCCACAGAUCAGGGUCUCGCAGUGGGUCCAGAAAGAAUCAGGUUGCCCCCCUUCCCCCAAGGCGAUACUAGUCUUUACGCAAAUGACAAUCUUUAAGCCUAAUUUAUUAUUCCAUUUUAUAAUAUACUUUAAUAACUGUCUGUGAUAAAAUUUGAUAAAAUGUAAAAGUGGUCUAUUUAUAUACAAUGAAGGUCACAACGAAUUUAUGCAUAAAUGUAUAUGAAUUCUACAUGUAUACAUAUGUUUUUUGUUUCAUGCAAAGACUUGAAAGAGUAAUGCCCCGUACAUUCUUUUGAAAUAUAGUAGAUUAAUGGCCUCGCAUUCUGUCACACAGACAUUAAUCUGUUGUGGAAUCUCUAAAUAUUUUAUACAUAAUUUACUUUUUUGUAUUUUGAUACAUGUCCUGAUAUUUUAUUAGUAAUUUGAAUAUUUUACAUCAGCUGAGUUAGGUAUUUGACAUUACUUUUUCUUUUUUAAAUAAUAUUAAAAUAGCUUCCCUCUUAGGAAAACCUUAAUACACACUGCAAAUCAGUAUCAUAUUGCCUAUCAGUGAGAAAGAGUAUUUGGGUUUGUUCCUAACUUUUCCAUCAUUAAAAUUAAUCAUAAUACAAUGUGAAAAAACAAACAUGUAAAUAUAUACUUGUAUGUUCACAACAUUUGUUGAACUAAAGAAGAAGAAAUCAAAUAAGCUUUUAUAUGAUGCUUCAGAAUACAUUGUACACCCAUUAUAAGUAUUUUGUGAAGUAAGAUACUUGUUUGCAAAAUAAUGAUAUCUGUUCAUAAAUGCAAUCUUUCCUUUGAUACAUAUGUACUUUGUGUUGUAGUCUCAGCUACCUAAUUAUAGCUGAACAUUUUUUACAUGAAAAGAACAUUGACUUUUAUAACAUGUAAUCAGAAAAUAUUGCAAUGGUUGAUUUUGUGAUAUAGUGCAUUUCAAUAUAGAUUAUACCUAGGUUGUGUUUCACCAUGAUCUGUAAACUGACGGUUUCAAAACCAAAAAUCAAAAACAGACCGGAAAAUGAUAGAUAAGUUUUGAAUAUUUUUUACUCUACUUUUGUUUCUUUCAGGCACUUUAUAUCAGUAAACUGUAUAUGUUUUUUUUUAUUUGAAAUGUAAAAGUUUGUAGAUAUAUCUAAUCAGAUUUUAUUUUUGUGUAAAAUUAACGUAAUCAGUAGUAACUCUUGUCAGAACUUUUACAUAACUCAUCUACAUAGUUUUAUUUUCUAGCAUAUUAUAUUUCUUGCAUGAUUAUGAUGAAGAUAGUGAGUAUGAGAAUGCCUGUGUAUGAUAGAUAGAGUGCAGAUCUAAUGUAUGUUGUAUGUAUAUAAUGAAAAUCUUUUUAAUGAAUUACUGAAUGUUGAAUGUGCUCUAAAUACAUCUACGUAUGUGUACAUUUUUUAGAAGAACUUUGUUUUUAUAUUUUGCAUCAAUUGCAGCCUAUUUAUUCUUUUUACAGUAUAAAACCUAUUUUGUUUACAAGUUUAAAUUUUGAUUUACAGUAAUUUAUUUAUUCUGUGGAAAUUCAUACAUUUUUUAGCUCACCUGAACUGAAGGCUGAAGUUUACUUUUCUGAUCAAAGAGUGUCCGGCAUCUGUCUGUUGUCCAUCGUCUGUCAUAUGUUCUCUGUAAACUUUUCACAUUUUCAACUUCUUCUCAAGAACUUCUGGGUCAUUUUCAACCAAACUUGGCACAAAGCAUCCUUGGGUGAAGGGGAUUCAAAUUUGUUCAAAUGAAGGGCCAAGCUCUCUUUCAAGGGGAGAUUAUACAGAAUUAAUCAAAAUUUAAUGGCAUCUUUUAAAAAUCUCAAGAACCAGAAAAGAUGAAACAUGUAAAAGUUUCAUUACAUAGAGUAGAUUCAAGUUUGUUCAAAUCAUGACCCCCAGGGUUGGGGGGGGGGGGAGCAACAACAGGGGAUCAAAGUUAUGUAUAGGAAUAUAUAGGAAAUAUCUAUAAAAUCUUCUUCUCAAGAAUAGCAAAGCCAUGAUUAGUCAUUAAUACUGAAGGCAUCAUAAGGUAGUUUAGAUUCAAGUAAGUUUGUUCAAAUCAUCCCCCCCCAAGGGCUAGGGUGGAGUCACAAUAGAUCAAACUUUUACAUAGAAAUAUAAAGGAAGAAUUCUACUGAAGCCCUGAUUAGUCAAAGAAACAUGGAAGCAUCCUCAGUUAGUGUAGAUUCAAUUCUGUUCAAAUUGUGACCCCCUGGCAGUAGUUUUGGACCACUUUUAUAUUUAAACUUGUCAAUAAUGAACUGAUUUCUGCUUUUCUCUGGCCAAAGUGCUCAGGUGAGUGAUGUGGCCCAUGGGCCUCUUGUUCAAUCAAACAUUGCUUCCUUUAGCAAUAAUUACAAGGGAUAUUUUACCAUUUUGUAUUUCCACUGAGAUCAUUCUGAAUUGUCUGGCAAAAUUGUGAGAUUUUACCCUCUGGAUACAAUGUCAUAUUUGAUACUCUAUUUAGCUGAUAUGUUCCAGUUUUACUUUACAUCAAUUGCAUAAUAGAUUGAUUUAAUGAAAUGCAUAAUAUAUUUUUGAG